CCGCCAAAUGCACACCGGUUUUUAAUAACCGGUGCGAAAAAAAAUUGUCAAGAUUGAGGGAAAGAGUUUUCGCACCGGCUCUAAUCAAAUCAGUGCGAAAAGUUUGUUUUUCCCACCGGUUCUUACAAAACCGGUGGGAAAAGUGAGUAAAUCGCACCGGUUCGGUUCGAACCGGUUCGAAAUCUAUUGUUAAAUAUAAAAAAAAAACGGUCAAUCUUCUUUCUUUCUCUUUCAUUUCCUCGAUAUUUCCUCCUCUCUCAUCUGGCUCUCUCUCCUCCAUUGAAGGGUACUCGAAAUUCUCCAUUAAAGGGGCUUCUGAGCUUUCUCUCAGUACUUUCCUCAAACUCCUUCUCUCUCCUUCGAUCUCCUUCUCCAUAACUGUCAAUUUCCCUUUCCUUUCUUCUUUCUUUCGAUCUCCUUCUCCUUCUCUGUCCGAAAUAGGCUCAAAUCGAACAUGUUCGUAUUCUCUGCUCCUUCAAUGUUCCUUAACGUCUCCUGAAUACUGCGAAUACUCUUCAUGGUGGGAGUUGAGAAGGCGUGUCCUUGUGGAUUGGGGAGUUGUUUGGUUCUUACUGCUAAUACGGAGCGUAAUCGCGGUCGGAAGUUUUUUGGUUGCCCUAAUCGUCAGGUUUGUGAGUUUAUUUCUAAUUAGGGAUUUUGAUUUUGUGAGUUUAUCUUCUUUUAUAUAAUUUAUUUACAUUCAAUAAAUAUGAAAAUAUUCCAUUAUUUAAUUUUUGUGGGCAUUUGAUUGUUAAAGUUAUCUGUUCUUGUAAAUUGUUUAAUAAUUAUUUUCUGCAUUUGAAGUACACAACAAUGAUUUAUACAGUUCAUAUGUUUUGGGUUUUUGUUAUUUUAUUUUUAUUUUUUUAUUUGAGGGGAAUGGUACAAUUUAAACGGUCAUGAUAGAUUAAGGUGCAUGAAGAUACUAAGUACUGAUUAAAUCUUCCUUUAAUAAACUAAUUGGAACUGAAAUUCUAAAUAUGACCUAAAUUAUUACAUUUUUCUGUAAUUUUUCUGUAAUUUUUUUGUCUAAAAGGGUCAUGAUAGACAAAUUAUUAAAUUUUAGCAUGACUUUAGCUUUAGCUAGCUCAUUAUGUGAUUGUUUGUAUUGCUUAUAUUUGUAGGAAUGAAUCUCAGAUGCAUUGCUGUCUUUGAUUUGGUUAGUCGGCGUAGGAUCAAAUUUAUGAAAUUGUCGUAUGCCUAUUUUGGGGAACCUGAUUGUCCUGAUAUUGUUCAUACUGCUUUUAGUUUGUGUCGUACGAAGGAUCGCUUGUGUGCUUGGGCUUAUUAUAAUGGUGGAUAUGUAGUUGAUAUGUGGAUGUUGAAAGAAUAUGAUGUGUGGGAAUCAUGGACCAGGUUGUUUUGUGGUGAUAUGAGAUGUGAAUAUUGGAAUUUUUUUGGACUUACCAAGGCUAGAGAGGUUAUGAUGUUCCAUUUUAAUUGGCUAGUACUUAUUGACUUCAGCCGAGUUCCACUUGAAUCGAGGUCUGUUUGUUUUGGACACCAAGUGACAGCUUUGAAUUAUGUAAUGGGUGUAAGAGCUCAGAUACCAUAUUGUCGAAGGAAAAUCGACUCUUCUUCCUCAGAUGUGAACAGAAAUAGAGAAAAUCGAUUUAUAAAUGAUGGAUUUAGGAGGGAGUUAGCAGGAUUGACGAUAUAGUGAUUUAAAAUGCAAAACACGUGGCUUAUAGGUGCUGUAAUACAGAAGUUCAUAGAUGAACUUUUAAUCAAGUAGACAAAUUAUUAUUCAUUCAGAUUGGACCAUCAGAUCACAUGUUCUUACAAAGCAAGGAGUUCUAACAUGGGUUUACAAAGCAAAGCAAGCAGUAGCAGAAUAGCAAUAGCAGAACAGCAAGCAGAACACAAAGUAGCAGAAGCAGAACAAUAGUAGCAGAAGCAGUAGCAGAAGCAGAACAGCAGUAGUUAUGAUAUCUUGGCUGUGAUAGUUCUUGGAGUUAUCGGAGGUGUUCUGGGCAGCUUUUAUAAUUAUCUUUUUGACAUGCACUAUCGUUCACAACGUUGUAGCACCAGGCCUAGCAAAACAGCUAUAUGUUUUUUUUUCAGUUUUUAAAGUGUAAUAUACAAGUUAUUGAACAAAAUAUAUAUGUUUUAUGUA